GGGCGCGGGGGACACGUGCGGCGGGAGCCAUGGAGCUGCUGCCCCGCCGCCCCGGGGAGUUCGGCUCCGCUCGGUACUGGGACCGGUUCUUCCGGCAGCGCGGGUCCUGCCCCUUCGAGUGGUACGGGGCCUUCCCGGAGCUCUGCCCGCUCCUCCGCAAGUACCUCCGGCCCCGCGACAAGGUGCUGGUGGUGGGCUGUGGGAACUCGGAGCUCAGUGAGCAGAUGUACGACACGGGGAUGUGCGAGGACAUCGUCAACAUCGACAUCAGCGACCCUGUGAUCCGACAGAUGCGAGAGCGGAGCGGGAGCAGGAGGCCAAGAAUGAGCUACCUGCUCAUGGACAUGCUGCAGAUGGACUUCCCUGAUGCCCACUUCCAGGUGGUCCUGGACAAAGGCACUCUGGAUGCUGUCCUCACGGAUGAAGAGGAAGCCACUUUGGCCAAGGUGGACAGGAUGUUUGCAGAGAUCAGCCGGGUCCUGCAGGUGGGAGGGCGCUACCUCUGCAUCUCCUUGGCCCAAGCCCAUGUGCUGAAGAAAGCAGUGGAAUACUUCUCCCAGCAAGGCUGGGUUGUACGUAUCCAUCAGAUGGCUGGCAGUGGGGACAAGCAGCAGUUUGUCCUGCCUGUUUUUGUCUAUGUCAUGACCAAAUUCAGGAAAAUCCCUGGCUCGGCACCGCAGAUCCUGGAAAUCUGCUCUGAGGAGCAGGAGAAGCCGAUGCGGGUGGAGAGUGCAGAGCAGCUGGUGGGAGCAGUGAAGGACAGGCAGCAUUAUGCCCUGCUGUGCAGCCAGCUGAGCAAAACCCCCUGCAGGGAACAGGUUUCCCUGGACCUGUGUGACAAGGAGAGCGGGAGGCCUCGCUACACGCUGCACGUGGUCGACAGCCCCUCGGUGAAACCUUCCCGGGAGAACCACUUUGCCAUCUUCAUCAUCCCACAGGGCAGAGAAACCGAGUGGCUCUUUGGGACGGAGGAAGGGCGGAGGCAGCUGGCCACCAGCGCGGGCUUCGGGCGCCUGGUCACUGUGGCCCUGCACAGGGAGCAGCACUACGAGGGCAUGGCAGGCAUCCAGGCAGAGCUGUCGGGGAAGGUGAUGGAGCUGGCCCCACAGGGCCUUCCUGCCAGGCAGCAGGUGCCCUUCCUGUCCGUGGGAGGGGACAUCGGGGUGCGGGCGGUGCGGCACCGCGACUCCAGCUCCCUGAGCGGGGACUUCGUGGUGGAGGACGUGAAGGGGGAUGGCAGCUGCUACUUCCGACGCCUCAUCUUCCUCCACAACAGGAAUGUGGUGCAGUCAGAGGCUCGGCUCCUGGCCCCUGUGCCACUCCUAGGCCAGAAGAAACGGAGGAAAGACAAGAAGAAACCCAGCCCCACUGAGCCACCUACAGCCAUUGACAAGAGCUACCUGUGCUGUGAGCACCACAAGGCCAUGGUUGCAGGACUGUGCCUGUUGGGGAACCCUGAAGCCCUCCCAGGAACCCCCCUGGAGGUGCUGGUGGUGGGACUUGGUGGGGGCAGCCUGCCCCUCUUUGUCCACGAGUACUUCUCACAGGCCCACGUGGCCGUGGUGGAGAUUGACCCCUCCAUGCUGGAGGUGGCCACGCGCUGGUUCGGCUUCUCCCAGAGUGAGAGGAUGCAGGUGCACAUCUCUGAUGGGCUGGACUAUGUGGCCAAGCUGGCAGCUGAAGCUCCAGCCAAGUUUGAUGCUGUCAUGUUUGAUGUGGACAGCAAAGACCUCACAGUGGGGAUGAGCUGCCCACCCCCAGCCUUUGUUGAAAAGCCUUUUCUGGAGAAAGUUAAAAUCAUCCUUAAACCACAAGGUGUCUUCGUGCUCAACUUGGUGUGCAGGGACAGCCAGCUGAAGGAGUCUGUCCUGGGCACCCUCAGGGAGGUUUUCCCACUGCUCUACACCCGUCGCAUUGAAGGGGAGGUCAAUGAGAUCCUGUUCUGCCAGCCCAGCCCCGAGGUCCAACAGGAACCCAGGGAGCUGGGGGCACGAGCCCGGGCACUGGAGGGGGCUCUGCGGCGGCCUGGGCGCCCCUGGGACAGCUCCUACGUCCUGGCAGACAUGGUGCAGGCUGUCAGCAUCCUCUGAGAGCAGCCCUGCUGCUGCUCGAGUCAGAGAGGAGUCCUCCUGCAGCAGGAGUGCCUCUGGCUGGGACUGCCACCCCUGGGGGGUCAGUGCUGGCCUGGCUGGACCUGAAGGAUGGAUCUGAUGUGGAGAGCUGCUCCCUACAGCAUGGCCAGGGACCCUCUGAGGGCUGUGUUGGGGUGGUGAGGGGAGAAAGGUGCUGUGGGGCUGACAGGCCUGGGUUUGGGUCUGCCCCCAUUGCACUCCUGUUGUGGGAAAAGCAUCCCUCUGACCAUCACCUUCCCUUCCACCACGGUUCCUUCCCUCUGACGCUGCCUCCUUCAGCAUCCCUGCUCACUGUGUCUGUGCAUAACCCCAGGCCUGGUUAUGGGUGUGUGGAAAUAAAGUGCUGAGGGCUGUGGA